AUGUCAUUUAUCAGCUGUCAGAUCAUGAGGAUGAGGUUUAAUACAGUUCUGUGUGUUGUUGGCGUCUUACUUCUCAAUCUAGCAGGAUCUUUUUGUCAGCUAGAUGUUUGUGGUCGAGCCCCCUUUAACACAAAGAUUUUAGGAGGGAGCAAUGCAACAGCAGGGUCUUGGCCCUGGCACGUAGACAUUACCUCAGCUGAAUUACGAAUUUCUGUGUGUAGUGGGAGUCUCAUUAAUAAAGACUGGGUUUUGUCUUCAGCUACCUGCAUCAAUUUAAUUCUAGAUCAGAUUGUGAUCUACUUGGGACGUCGGAGCCAGUUCGAGCCAGACCCACAUGAGAUAACCAGAACAGUACUUAAUGUCAUCAAUCAUCCUGACUAUAACCUAAGCACUAGAGACAAUGACAUAGCGCUGGUUCAGCUCUCAUCUUCUGUGAAUUUCACCGAUUAUAUUCGACCGGUCUGUCUGGCUGCUGAUGGUAGUGUAUUUGAUGAAGGACUUUCAAGUUGGGUCACAGGAUGGGGGUUCACAAGAUGGAGGGUCACAACAUGGGGCGAUAUUGAAAUCAAAGACAGCGAUCUUCCUAACAUAUUACAAGAGGUGGAGAUGCCAAUUGUGAGCAACCAGAACUGCAGUGUUGCCUAUAAUGGAAAAGGUGUCACUAUCACAGACAACAUGCUGUGUGCUGGACAGUUAAAUGAUGCAUUUAAAGGUCCUUGUGUGCUUGAUGAUGGAGGACCACUGGUCAGUAAGCAGGGAUUACAGUGGAUUCAGACUGGAAUUACCAUUAUGGAUGAUGCAUGUUUAGAGAAAAACAUUACCGGUGUGUUUACCAGAGUCUCUCAAUAUCAGGACUGGAUCAACACUCACAUAUCCAACGAAAAGCCUGGAUUUAUUAGAGUCAACUUUACCACCCCGACUCCUAAUACCACUCCUGAUCCCAAUCCUAUUCCUGAUCCCAAUCCCAUUCCUGAUCCCAAUCCUGAUCCCAUUCCCACACUUUAUUUUCCUGAUAUCUUCAGUGGAAGUUCACCCAGUCUUCAGUUAUUUCCACUUUCCCUCACAUUCUCCAUCUUCUCUCUCAUCUUCUGUCUCUUCAUUUAAAGG